AUGGAUAAGAGAGCAGUUCUUGAUGUGUCUUGUUUGAUGCUUUUUGAGGCCAGUGGUGAUUCUGAGAUUGACAGUCUUGAUGAUGCCACUGUGGGUUCAUUCGAGGAAGACGAGGAUGAUGCAGAAUCGUGCAGUUAUGGAUCUUCUUAUUGGGAGUGCAUUAAGAAGAUUGAAAAUGAUUUUGAUCAGAGGGUGGAUGUUUUUUGCAUGAAAGAUGUUGAGGAGGUUGAAAUCGAAGGCAACCAUGAGGAAGUGGAGAAAUAUUAUUGUGGUGGUUACAGGGCGGCGGAGGCGGUGGCUCCGCCUCCGUCUAACGCCUCAGAAGAAUCUGUGGUGGCUGAGAAAUUCAAGAAAUCUAAGGUACAUGAUGAUCCAAAUAUGAAGAUGAUGAAUCAAAGGGACAGAGACAGACUCUUCUGGGAAGCUUGUUUGGCAUCUUGA